AUGUCAACCAUUCCAGAAGAAAUCUACCUGGAAAUCCUAUACAGGGUACCAGUGGAAACAAUAGGUGUACGUAAGUGUGUAUGCAAAUAUUGGUUAUCUUUAAUUUCAAGCCCUGAUUUUGUUAAAAUUCAUCUUAAUCAUACAAUCAAGAAAAACAACCCUACACUCUUGCUUCAAUAUCAUGACUAUGAUAAGAAGUGUGGUGCUACAUACUCCAUAAGUUAUGAUUUGUUAUCAUCUUCCAUGAAUGAUUUUGAAGAUAAUGCCGUUAAUAUUCGUUGCCCAUUGGUAUCUUGCGUAUCAUUGGGUACUUGUGAUGGUUUGGUUUGCUGUCUAGUUUAUGAAUGUAGUUAUAGGGGUGUUCUUUUUCGUUGGAAUCCAACAACACAAGAAUACAAGCUAUUACCUGUAUCACCAAAUGAAUCUUCAGUGGGUAAAGAGAUUGGAAUUUGUGGUUUUGGUUAUGAUCACAAGAUUAAUGAUUACAAAGUAGUGAAACUUUUGCAGUACAUAAGAGAUGUGGAGCAUAUUUAUCCAAUCGACAGGGCCGACCCAAGUAAAGGAAUGUCUGCAGUCGAUGUUUACACUAUGGGUUCAAAUUCAUGGAAAAGCAUUGAAUCCGUUCCUUAUAGUUUUACUAUUUCUGGUGUUUCAGGGGUGCUUGUUAAUGGAGCUCUUCAUUGGUUAGGACAUACUCAAGCACUACACCGUUCUCUGGUUGUAGUAUCUUUGAAUGUCAGUGAAGAGAGAUUUGAAGAAAUGGAACUACCAAAACAACCUUACGAAAAAAAUAAUAAGUUUAUGACUGUGGGAGCGUUGGAAGGGUUCCUCCGCGUCAUUGUUAAUGUUGAUAACACUCGUGUUGAAGUAUGGAAGAUGCGGGAAUAUGGAGUGCAAGAAUCUUGGAAUAUAUGUCAUGUUGUUACCAAUAAAAUAAUUGUGAAUGACUCUUAUUUAAAGUUGGUUUGGUUCAGGAAUGGUGAGAUUCUAUUUAAGAUUCCUUGUGAUCUAGUUUUUUAUGAACAAAAGCAUGGAACAGCUGUAGAACCAAAUAUUCGCGGUUCAUUGUUGUUGAUUACAGAAGACAUUUAUUUUGAAAGCUUAGUUUCUGUAGACUCUGGUACUUAUGUGGAGCCAUAUAGAGGAAGCUUAUGUAGAGAAGCGGGAUUAUGUUGUUAG